AUGGCGUCUAUCCAUUCCGAACGCGCUUCUCUCUCACCAACACAACAACAACAGCACGCAUACCCAGCUCAAAUAGAAGACGACAGCGCAUUCGAGUCCCUCGUCGAAUCCUCAAAGGCCCUCCUCGAAGCCCUCCAGACCUGGCUCACUGCCGACAGCAAACACCCCGAUACCACCACUCCCGCAUCAACAAAGGACUUUACCGAACCAACAUCUUCCUCCACCACCGCCGCCCAAGAAGACGACACAACCUCCCUCCUCAACUUUGACGCAGCCUGGACAAGCUACUACAAUUUCUUCGAAGCAUGGAAGGACAAGGAUGCCCAGCGAUUGCUCAAAACUCUUUUGGACCACGCCCAACAGAUCGACGCGCUUUGGAGGACCGUCCAGAGUGACCCUACUGCUAGAGCUGAAUGGGGACUCCGGAUCGAGGAGCAGAGGAGGGAUCUGAGGGAUAAGGCUCGGCAGCUUGCGGGACCUGAUGGUGUUGCGAGGUUGGAUGAGGUCUUUGCGGAUUUCGUUAGUGCUACCACACCGCCAGCCCCCGCGCUUCCUUCGACGACGACUAGUGCUGGUGCUACUACUAUUCCAGCCAUUACCGCUACGUCCGAUGUCGCCACCGAAGCUAUCAGGCCAAUGGAGACUGAUACUAAGGCGGUGGCACCAGCAUCUCAGUCAGCGACGACCCUGUCAUCAUCAUCAUCCUCUGCACCAGUGGAACCAACAACAACAACUACACUUGCGACAAAGAAGCGCCAGAGACUGGUCUCCAUCUCCAACUCGGAUUCUGCAAUGGACGUGGAUGGCCAGCCACCGACUGGAACUCACGUCGUACAGCCAUCAACAGCGACUGCAGAUGCACCAUCGGCAAACACAGACGAUCCUACCUCCACCGGAGAAGAACCCCAGCCAAAGAAGCCUUUCAAGGCCAGAGCUCCUCGACAGCCGAUCAUGCCCGCUGGAUUCGAGAAGCAGGACAAGUGGAGUAAUUUGCAGCUGAUCCAUGAGUUGGCGUUGGAUCCCAACUUCAAAAUCGAGUCAAAGAGAGUCGGAGGCGAUUCGACACCUUUGGGAGACACCGAGGAAGGUACCAGCAGCAGUAGCAAUGUCAAGAAUAUCGAAAGUCUCGAGUCCAGGAUCCGAGCCAUGGCGACUAAGGCCUACUUUGACAAGAUCCGCGAGGACGCAGAGCAAGGACAGUUGGGCAAAUGGAUCCCUCCACUUCUCACCACAAUCCGUGAACAACUGUUGGAUAUGGUCCCUCAGGAAUCGUCGGUCGCACGCCAGAUCCGGGACGGGUUUGAUCUCGAGUUUGUGCAACAGCAGGUCGACCGGAAGGUGUACGACGUCAAGGGUGCAUUAGAGGGUGUAUUGGGAUUGAUGGCCAAGCUCUGUGCCCCCGUGCGCGACCCUGCGAUCCGGCAAAUUCAGCAGGAUUUGAGCGUUAUCACCGGGAACCCACUUCAACAAACCCCUCAGGUUGCUGCAUCUGGAAAUCGAACACCAUCAUCGGCGUCGUCGGCUACUCCCAAGAAUUUCGUCACCGUGUUGAAGGAUAUUCUGGAACUGUUGGAGGAGAUGCUGAUGGAUUUGGCCAACUACCGGUUGAUGGUCGCUCGCCCCAGUCUGGAGAAGCAGGCGAUCCCUUACGAACAGCAUGCGUUCAAGACUGCGCUCGAGAAUGGAGAGAUCACCCUGGACGCUACGACGGCUUGGCUUGAGAAGUCGGCUGCCAGUCUUGCACGUGCAUCCGCUGUCUCGACUACCACCUCUUCAGGAUCAAAGGACCAGUCAUCCUCAACCACGCCAUCCUCCUCGUCCCCAUCCUCCUCAGCAAAGACCAACCGCCACUACGAAGUCUACAUCAACGCAGUCCUGGACCUCCUCUACUCCAAAACACCCCUCGAACUCUCCUCUAAAGAAGAAUUCCCAGAAACAUUCGUCCUCGACCAAGCCCGCCUAAGCCGGUACCAGAACGAACUCCAAGCCCUGGCACUGAUCGCCGUCAUGUGGAACAUCUCCCUCAAUGUCCAUCCUCCACUCCGCGAUGAAGGUCAACAGGAACUCAAAGAGACUCUCUUCCGCCUCAUGGAGAGCGCCGACACUUCCAAAGAAACCUUAGCUGAGGCCAUCAUCGAGGCCAAAGAGAAAACCCUCCUCCUCACCUCUCGCCCCUCUUCUGCAUCCUCCACAACAUCGACCCGCUCAAUCCCCUCAGCCGCCUCACCGACAGCUUCCCUCCUCCUCUCAGCCGACCAAAAAUCUUACCUCCUCAACACCAUCGAGCGCGCCAUCUCCUUCGACAGCAGCCUUUACAGCGUCCUCUCGCAACGAAUCCGUAAAGUCCUGGAAUCUUACCUUCUCUCAUCCCCUCCCGGUCUCGGCAGUAAACCGGGUGUUAUGCCCGAACAGGCGGAGCUGAACAAGGUCGGGUUGGGUGCAAUGGCCAAGGAGAUUGAGACGUUUGCGGCCCAGAUUGGGUUCUUGACCAAGUACAAUGCCAAGGUCUAUCAGGCCUGGUAUGACCCGCUCUUGACAAAGAUCUUGCCUAGCACCAGUCGCAAGCCAAGAACACCUGCUGCCAAGACUGCCGCCAAAACUCCUACUUCUGCGCCAGAGGAAGCCACUGCUACAUCGACAACUGCCGACAAGCCCGCGACACCAGAGAAAGAGCCGGCAGAAGACGACAAGGCCAACGAGUCCGCAUCCUCUCUGCCGGCCUAA